AUGAACUCAGCUAACGAUGCUGCAUCAGCGUUUGAAGUUCUCACUCACAGGUCUCCCAUGAGUGACAAUGAGAUCAUGAACAAACGAAAUGUCGCUUCAGAAGUCCAACAACUGGACUCACAGCUGGAUUCUAUCGACCAAAGUGAAAAAUUACCAAACCGGAAAUAUGAGACCGGUAAGCCCACUCUGCGGCAAAAGUUAAAGUCAAUGUUGGGCUAUGACCGUCAAAAUCAAUAUGACGAGCCCGCUAAGAACUUUGGCGAGAAAAUUGUAAGAUUCCUGGAAGUACACCAAAAAAAGCGUGCCACUGCAAACCGGUCUGAGAAUAUUGUAGAGUCGUUUUUGUUCAACGACGAUCUGGCUCCCGUGGAAGCCGGAAGAAGAGUUUGGGACUGGAAACAGUACGUGUUUUUCUGGAUUUCCGGCUCCUUCAACGUCAACACCUGGCAAAUUUCAGCUACAGGUAUGCAACUGGGCCUCAACUGGUGGCAGACCUGGGUCUGUAUUUGGAUCGGAUACAUCUGCGUGGCAUUUUUCGUCGUGGUUAACUCACGUAUCGGUAACUUUUACCAUAUUGCGUUCCCCAUUUCUUCAAGAAUAGCAUACGGAGUCUACUUUUCGUUGUGGAUUGUGCUGAACAGAGUCGUCAUGGGCUGUGUGUGGUACAGUGUCCAAACUUAUAUCGGAUCUCAGACAAUCAGUCUAAUGCUGAUGUCCAUUUUCGGUACUGACUUGGAAAGACGCAUUCCUAACACCAUGAAUACGCAAAACAUCACCACUUAUGGGUUUAUGUGCUUCAUGCUCUUUUGGGCGGUUCAGUUGCCGGCCCUUUGGUUUCCUCCCCAGACUUUGCGUUACCUUUUCACCGUCAAAAGUAUUAUUACACCAUUUGCAGCCUUUGGGUUCCUCAUUUGGACGCUGAAAAAAUCACACGGUCAUUUGGCCCUUGGGUCACUAACAACAAUCCAUCCUUCCGGUUCGGUUUUGGGUUGGAACUUUGUGAUUAGCAUUAUGAGCGCCUUGGAUAACUUUUCUACUCUUAUCUUAAACGCGCCCGAUUUUUCACGUUUCGCCAAGACAAAGCACUCUUCGAUAUACUCCCAGAUGAUAAUUCUUCCCCUAAUGUACGCAAUCAUCUCGAUCAUUGGUAUCUUGGUCACCUCUGCUACUUUCACCAUGUAUGGGGUCAACUACUGGUCCCCACUGGACGUCUUGGGGAGAUUCUUGGAUCACCAAACUGCAGGAAAUAGAGGUGGUGUAUUUUUGAUUGCAAUGAGUUUCGGUAUUGCUCAACUAGGUACCAACAUUGCUUCUAAUUCGAUCUCUGUUGGCACUGAUAUGACAGCCAUAUUGCCCAAGUUCAUUAACAUUAGAAGAGGAGGUUACAUUUGCGCGGCCAUAUCGCUGGCGAUUUGUCCUUGGAAUCUGAUGGCAUCGUCUUCUAAGUUCACAACCGCUUUGUCUGCAUACGCGGUGUUUCUUUCUUCAAUUUCCGGCGUGGUCUGUGCAGACUAUUAUGUGGUGAGGAAAGGAUUGAUCAAACUACAGCAUUGUUACACCAAUAAACCCAACAGUUUGUACAUGUAUGGUACAAGGUUUGGUACCAACUGGAGGGCCGUAAUUUCGUAUCUGCUGGGCAUUGUUCCAAAUUUCCUCGGGUUUUUGGGGUCGCUGGACGUCAAAGUUCCGCAAAACGCCAUGCGCGUGUAUUAUUUGAACUAUUUUGUUGGUUUCCUGGUUUCUUUCACGCUCUACAGUGGUAUAUGUUAUGCAUACCCUGUGCCAGGCAUGCCUGAAGGCGUGGGGUACUUUGAUUUCUCGCAUUGGUUUGAAAGAUGGACAGAAGUGGAAGACUUUGUAGAACAACGGAAAAAAUUCGAAGUUGGUGUUUCCGAAGAAGACGAUGAGUCUACGGACGCAUUCUCGUCAACUGUAGAGGAAAACAUUGAAGCUGUUCGCAAAGUGUAG